AUGUCCCAAGGCACGAUUGGAAAAUCUUCGGAGAUUCAGAAGACACCAAACAUACAGAAUCCUGCUGCCAGCCCUACCGCCUUCCCUACCGCCGUCUUAGAUCGUCGUUUACACCAUUUGCGCGAAGCGGUUCUCCCCAGACAACCCUAUCUUCUAUCCGUCCCGUCCGACGUUCCCUACCGACAUAGUUCGCGCUUCGUCAAUACCUGGUAUGAGGGAACGCCUUUUAGUCCUCAAGAGGAGCAGAUACAAUACGUGAGCUUCCUUGCUCAUCAGAGUGAGCACGAGGCGUUGUUGAAAGUGGAGGGUGGAUGGGCGGACGAACAAGGAAACCCGAUCGUAGAAGAGGUCUCCCCAAAGACACUUCCUGUUAGCGGGCGCAAUACUCCUGCGGAGACUGCACGUCGAAAGAAGAUCAGUCUGAAGGAUUACAAGACCAAAGGUAGAAGUCCGCCCGAGUCAACUUCCCUGCGACGACCCCCGCAAGAGCCGCUCAGAGAGGCCAACGAGCAGCCCAAGGAGGAGCAAUCUGCAGUCGACAACAAAGAAGUGGUGCAAGUGAAGAAGCAGGACACGGUUGAUUCAUCCAAGGUCGCUGUGGCUUCACAAGAAUCUGUCUCUGGUUCUCCGAUAGUUGGCCUUGACGGACCCAACUCUCCUCGGAGUCAUCCUGAGAUUCAGCAAGUGAGCCCUCCACCUGCAAGGCGGACUGAGCUUCAACCGCCUCCUGAAGAUAUAAAGGCAGAAUCACCGGUUGUAACUUCGACCGUUAUGUCGCAAGCUCGGGUGAUGAAGAUGCCGAGAUUGUUGUCGCCAACACUACCGUCGCCGGAAGAAGAGAGUGGCUUGCCAGAAUUACUGUCUCCUGUAUUACCACCUUCACUUGCAAAGGCAAUCUCGAGUCCCUCGGAUACUACCUCUCCUGGAAGUCCUGUCCCUGCGCCACAUCAUCGCUCUGAGCCAGUUCGGUCUAUCCUGGCCCGUGCUGAUCUCGACGGCGAUUUCCUUGCUGACAAGAAUAAACUAUCCGUGGCUGGAAGUCGCGUCCGCUCUGACAGCCAGCACUCCGCUAGAAGCUCGGCGCCUGGCAGUCCCAAUGCUGGGAAGGUGUCGCUGGGGACGAAACACCUGUCCAAAGCCGGCAUAAAGGCAGGCACGUCGCUGCAGAAUGGAGCUCGAGCCAGCCCGGGCCCGAGGCAGAGACACACCAUCAUCCUCAAAUACGGCAAGAAGAACCGGAAGCGAGUCGAAUCACUUCUGAAACUUGCCCCACGCUCGAAGAAGGACGUGUCUAGACACGACGCAGUUGACGGUCAAGUCUCCUCCGAAGGGCCGUCAAAGAAAGAGACCAAGUCACAUGAGUCUGCAGGUGCUCAACAGAGUGCCACGUCCAAGCCUCAGGCGAAAGCAGUCGAGAGCAUCAUGUCUGAAAAGAAGCGCAAAGCAGAAGAUAGUCCGGGUCCGUCGUUGAAGAAGACAAGACUCACGAAUUUGAGUAACGAUGACGAAAGAAGACCGGCCACACCGACACCUUCAGCCGGCAAAACACCAUUUGUGGGUCAGUCAAAGUCGGCGUUCUCGACACCCAAACGGGACGUUAAGGCUGCGGCAAUGAAACGGAUCGAGUCAUCCGAGGGUUUAGAUGUCCCCACUCCCUCAGCAGACCGAGUUCGAGUUUCUACGCCUCUGACCGUUCCUAAACCUUCCCCUAAGCCUUCUCCCCAGCCUCCGGUAUCAUCCCAUGGUCGACCAGAAGAACGUCAGCAGUGGACGGACCUCAACGACAAGUUCUUCGCGCUGGGUCGGACACUGAAGCACGAGGGCUCUUCCUUGCUCUCACAGCCCGACGUCGAGUCCAGGUCAAACCAGUCCGCAAAAGCAAUAAUAACCUUGACAGAAGGCUUGAUAUGUUUCAUGAUCAACAUUGCGGCGAACUCAUACGUGCGUCCAGGUGCAGAUCCUGGCUGGAGGUCAAUAAUUCUCUAUCACAUUUCCAUUUACCGCGCAUCCAGACCAUUUUUGCAUUUGCACGGCUUGGUUGUGCAGCUGGGUGCUGUUUGCCGGCAACAGAUUCAGAAAUACGACAUGGAACGGUUGGCGCGUGAUCCCCUCCCAGAGGAUUAUUGCAACUCGGCACCAACUCCUGGGAGUGAUGGCAACACGAAGACAAACGAAGACAGUGUAAAAUAUAAAAAACGAUACGUUGAAUUCAAAGAUGAGCUUGUCCACAAUGCCCGCGAGCUGCAGACGGCGUGGCUUGAUGGCUCCAGGUACCUCCCACUGGAAGUGUUGAGAAGGGAGUAUCCCAAAACGUGGUCGAAGCGUAUGGUAGACACCAGUUCCAGACUUCAAGAGAAACCCACACCUUCGAAGAUCCCCAAGCAUUUCUGUCUACCACUGGACCCCAAUACUACGGCUUUCGAAGCCGCACGUUUUGCCGUUGCCUUUCUUGAGGAGUGGGCAGAGAAGGAGAAGAUCGACUGGAAGACACGGAUUGAUUUGUAA